AUGCCGCUAUUCCAGGAAAUCGGUCGUGGUCGAGGAAUCGACGUCACCAACUUCACUAUAGCGGACAACAUAGGCUGCUUCAUUAGCAACUGUAUAGAAAAUGUUCAUAAUCUUCGCGCCAAUACCCGCCAAAAACUGAAAGAGUGGAGGAAACAUCUUACUCUCACUGCAGUGGUGGCUAUCGCGACGUUUCUGGGCUUGGUUGUUGCUAUCGCGAAUCUACCCCCAGCCAUACAAACCAACGAUUUGGCGCGGUGGACAGCGAAGAAAGAUUUUUGGGAGUGGUGCGCAAAUGAAGAAGCCAGUAACCAUACGAUUUCUUCGGACUGUCAAUCAGCAUUGAAUCAACCCUUACGACCGCCUCCGACCGCUCGAUCCGUCCAUAUUGUCAAGACCGCGGCUCCAUCCUGCCCUAUUAGGUAUAAGCCUUCGUUUCAUAAAGCGAAGAUAAUGAGACGCUUCUGGCGUGCUGGCAUGGUAGCACUGGUUGUGGCUAUGAUUACAUGCCUUUCCCUAAUCUACAUCACUGGGGGGGUGAGACGAGAAAGAUCCAGCGCUCGUCAACUCACCGAUCCCGAAUCUCUCAUCGGCAUCACCCGCAGGUCCGGAGAUCGUCAUGCUCGUUUCGCAACGAGUGAGUCGUCUUCGCCUACCGCGUACUCAUCGAACGUUGGACUUGGGUCGCAAUAUUCAAUUAUACGAUCCCGCAAACGUUACGCUCUUCAAGGAGACGGCGGUAAAAGCAAGACUCUCAAAGACUUCGAGCGACGGGUUCUUGAGGCCGAACGAAGCAGGGCAAAGCCGAAAUUCGAAGCCUCCGAAGUCUCGAACCUUGUUUGUAGAGAUGGGAAAUUCUUCUCUAUGACUCUGAAGGAAAUCAAACCCCGGGACUCCAUCUCAUCUCUCAGACGGUCUCCAACCAUAUGA